UGUCUGUUUUUUGAAGGUUCUUGAGGAACUUGGCCAUUAUGCCUUGAAUUCAGUAGCGUGGUCAUUAUGACACUUCAGCCAGUUCUAGAACUGGAAAACAAUCGAGUAAUUCAGCAUGUAUUGGUCGUGGGCUUUCAUCAUAAGAAGGGGGCCGUAGUGGAAUAUGCGUUUCCCCCUUUAUCCAAAAACUCGGACAUCAUUGAGGUGCCUGAGCUAUGGCGACACAUGCCAUCUUUAGCAAUACCAGACGGAGCGCACAAUUUCGAAUGGGACAUCAUAUAUUUUCACCUUCCUAGCCUCGAAGAACCUGGGAAGGCAUUGUUCUGCAUAUCGUGCUACCGCCAAAUACAAGCACAGGAUGUAAAGAAUCCGACGAAGGAUAUCACGAGAAGUUCAGUGCAGAAAGCAAUUUGCGUGAUCAGCCGACUGCCUCUUUUUGGUCAUAUCCGGGUCCAUGUUUGGGAAGUCGCGGAUCACUACAUGAAAGGCGGGGACUUCUCAGUAGUUGGAGAAUUCCCGAAGCUCUUUCGAAACCUGAACCUCCGCCUAAGCCCGGAGAUGUUGCGUUCUCCUGAGCUCUUCUUCGGUUUGAAAGUUAUAGACUUACUCCUCCUUUUUCGACAUCGUCUUUUGGUUCUGCUGAAAUGCAUCCUGUUGGAGAAACGGAUAUUAUUCGUCCAUUCUCCAGUUCACGCUCUAUCGGCUUCAAUUCUAGCCAUGUUGUCACUGUUGCCAAGAAUGUUAGAAGAUGGCUUAUUCAAUGCUACGGAUAUCCCCACAUCCAGCUAUUCUGUUCUUCCUCCCGUCGGAAAAACUGAUCGAAAAUUUUCGGAAGAUAGUGAGACGCUGGAACCGCAAAAUGGACCUCACCUUGAUCUAGAAAUAUUGGACAAAAUCAAUCUGGAGCAAGCAGGCUUUCCUUUUCCGGUUUUCGGGCGAGGCAACGUGUGCCAUCCGUUUCUAGCUUUACCCUACGUCGAUUUACUUUCAAGUGAAAAUGUCAGAGGAUUUGUGGUCGGUGCGUCCAACAUCCUGUUCAAGCAAAAGAAGCAUUUGUCGGACGUUAUUGUGGAGUUGGAAGGAGGCAAAGUUGACAUCUUGGACCCGGAAUUGAAGAAAACCACUAGUCUGAGCACGGAAGACUCUAGAUUCAUGGAUUACCUUGUGCGUCGGGUAACGGAAAGUAGUGAUGGAGCGAUUAGUCCGGACUCAACUUGUUCAUCUGGCUGCAAGAAGCAAGGCGCCGACGAUUGGGUUAGGAAAGCAUUUUGGGUUUAUUUCAUUCAUCUUGCCGCCACGGUUGACCAAGAGACCGUCAGUUCGCAAGCGAAUGCUGAAAUGCAGAGCGACUCUUUCUCCGGGGCCUUCGUAUCAAGUUGGAGAGAAACAAGAAAUUUUCAGUUAUGGGAUCGUAAAGCGAAGAUUGUGAAUGUACCCCAUGCCCGACAUCCAUUUGCCGGUUCCGUCAGCAUGGCUGACAUGAAAAUCAAGCUCGCCCAAAUUUCACAUAAUAUGCAGACAACGGAAAGAGGGAAGAAAAUCAACGAAAGUUUGGCCGUCACUGGGAAGGCAGUUGGUGGUGCUAUUGAACAAGCAAAGGGCUUCAUUUCAAACUUGUGGACAGGCCUAUCCACGCAACGAUCUCUUCUUCCUUCGGAGGAUAAAGAGGGCAGUUCGUCAAGUACAUGAUAAUUGAACAGUGUAGCUCUCCUAUUUAACGCAUCAAAGCCAGUUGCAUGGUCGUAAUCUGUGAGCGAAGCAUAUGUUGGAAGUAUUUUUCAUUCCGCGAAUCGCAUAUUUAAAUUUUUGUGCUGGAAUUCUGUUGCUUUUAUUAUGCGGUCGCAAAUUAUUUGUGUGAUAUUUUUGCAUCUCGCGGUCUUCUCAACCUUUUUUGAGUCGUGGUCUCUGUUUGAAUUUAUUUGGAUGAGGAAUCAUGGAGGAGUUGGUUAUAAUUUGA